UUAGCUAAUAGCAAGUAAGCAUUAGUUGACUAUUCAGCUCUUAUUCAACUCCUAAUUCAAUCAAAUUCAAUGGAUUUUCAAAUUUUGUUUUGUUUUUUUCUAUUGUUUCCAUUUUCUUCGUUGAUGCUCAUAAAGGAGAUAAAAUCUGGUUCUGAUGAAAAUAAAUUUAGAAAUUACGAACUAUAUAAGGCGGUCUUUAGACCGGACGGCUUCGAGUCUCUUGAAAAUCCAAGUAUAAUUGGCUCAAAACUUGUGGAAGAGGAUGUGGUGAUUCGCACUUUUCCAAGUGAAGCAAGUUUGUAUCGUGAAAACACUGAAUUAACCAAGAAUAUGAGCAUGGCACUGGAAAGCUGCUGUGGUUCAUCGAAAUCAUCAUUUGAUAAGACGGACGUCGUCAUGUUGACAUUGAUGGAAAAGGAUAUUGAUAAUGUUACUUUCAACAUUAUUAAAUCUAUCAGAGUUGAUCCUCUUUCAGUUGAUUUUUACCCCCACAAACUGCCCAUGGAACAAGUCAAUAUAAUCGUUAAUACACUUUUAAAAUGGAGCAUAGACGAUGAUGUUUGUAAAUCUGUCUGUAAUGAUCUAAACAGGGGUUUGAAAGUAAAAUCUAGCGAUUACGAUAUGUUUAAAGAUUUUUGUCCUAAAAUUGGUUGUCCAGCCUUUCUGGAGGAAAUAGAUUAUCCGAAAUUAUUGGCAGAAACGGAAAAAUUUCUCAGAACCAUGAAAUAUCUCCUCUUAUUUGGCCAUCCAGUGCCUACUCGGGUUUUCUGGGGGCCAGCACAAGCGACAAUUCUUGAAAUUGAUCAAAAAACUCUUUCAUUGUUCCCAAAAUUAACUGAAAACCAUUACUUUAUUGUCACUUAUAUUGAUACCAAGACAAAACAGACAAGAACUCGCAAAAUUGAUGAAUGCAAAAUUAUUUUGAAUUAAAUUUUACACUCAAUA